AUGUAUUAUGGUUCCACUUUGCAGCUCCAAAUUUUCUAUACUGUCUGUCACAUAAAUAUCCGUUCUCCCAACAUGUCACGGUUGCCGGUAUUUCUUCCGGAAGAACUUGUUGUCGAAGUGCUUUCCUUUCUUCCCGUCAAAUCUCUCUUGCAACUAAGAUGUGUCAGUAAGUCAUGGAAGUCACUCAUCUCCGAUCCCACCUUUGUCAAAGUACACCUUAAUCGAUCUGCACGGAAUGCGGACAUUACGAUUAUAUCUUCUUUCGUUGUUGAGGAUGAGGCAGCGUUUUAUUUGAUGGAAAACCCUCCAAUCAUCGUCAAUCGUUUCAAUGAUUCUUACCAUCAAUUGAAAGAUAAGGACUGCAACUCUAUAAUUGGUUCUUGCAAUGGAUUGCUAUGUUUGUUAGGUCUUUCUUACAUCAAUGACCAUAGAGAGAUGUGUUUUAGUUUUUGGAAUCCUGCCACUAGAACAAUAUCAGAAAAAUUAGGGUAUUCUAGUGAACAUAAAGACCUACACCGUCCUCAUAAUUUGAUAUUUGGUUAUGAUGAUUCAACCGGCACUUAUAAGGUGGUCUAUUUCAUUUCUCAUACAACACAGGUAAGAGUUUUUAGUUUGGGCCAUAAUGUUUGGAGAAAUAUUCAAAAUUCUCCUCUGGAUCAUGAGUGCAUAAUGAACGUUGUGCAAUUGAGUGGUAGCUUCAUUUGGUUGGCAAAUCAUAAUUACAUCGGUAAAAAAAUUGUGAUUGUUUCUCUUAAUUUAGGCACCGAAAUACACACUCAAUUGUUGCCUCCUCCGAGUUUUGAUGAUGAGCCAAUUAUUAAUCCAAAUCUAAGUGUGUUAAAGGAUUGUCUUUGUUUUUCUCAUGAUUUCAAUCAAACUCAUUUUGUUAUAUGGCAAAUGAAGGAAUUUGGAGUGGAAGACUCUUGGACUCAAUUCCUUAAAAUUAGUUAUCAUAAUAAUCUUCAAAUAGAUGAUCCAUAUGAUGAAUUCAACUAUAGCUUGUUGCCAUUAUUUCUUUUGGAGAAGAAAGAUACACUGUUAUUGACAAACACAUAUCAACAACGUCAGAUAAUUCUCUAUAAUUGGAGAGAUAAUAGUGUUAAAAGAAUCAAUAAAUCUUGGCCGUUUCAUUCCAAGAAUUAUGUUGAAAGUUUGGUUUGGUAUCGUUGA